UGAUCAUUUGCUGGUUACAUGGAAAAAGAUUGAAUUUUUAACAAUCUUUGGUUUAUCUGAUUGGCUGGUAUCUUCAUAAAUUAUAAUUAUAUAUAUAUGGGGUUUUGGUUCGAAAGAUUGAAUUUUUAGAUGUGAAUGAUAACAUUGGGAUUCUGGCUUUUCUUGGUUCUUUACUUGAUUUGGGUAUCUGGGGGUUUUGUGAUUUUUUAUCUAUGAGGUGAUCUUAGGAUUCUACAUUUGGUGAUUUGGGUGUUUAGCUUGGAAAGGAAGUGAUUGCUUUUCAUCUCACUUGGGAGCGAAUUGGUUUACGAAUUCUGAUCUUCUGGGGUACCAAUUUUAGCAAUUUAUUGGAUGUUUGUGGUACCUCUUUUGGGGAAAUUCAGUUAGAGCAAGUUGUGCCCUCCGUUGGGUAGAAUUCUUGAAAUACUGCUAAAUUUGAUUGGUGUUUGGAGAGUUUGACAGUAUCGAAGAAAUGGUGUAAAUUUAGCAAGUUUUUGGUGGUGGUGAAAUGUCAGUAGUAGUUUCUCCACCUCCAAGUCUUGCACCAAUUCCUGUCCCACCAAUUGUCUUGAGUCCACCUCCUCAGCUUUCUUCUCCGCCCCCUGCAUCUCAGCCUAAUGCGACAGCACCACCCGUGUCUUCUCUUCCUCCAACAUUACCCCCACAAUCUUCUCCUCCCCCGGCCUUACCAACACUACCACAAUCGCCUACUCCAAGUAACGUGACAUCGCCGCCUCCUAGUAACGUGACAUCGCCUCCUCCAAUGGCUUCCCCACCCACAGAAUCCGCUCCUCCAACAGUUAGUCCUCCACCUAUCCCACCUGCUAGUUCACCGCCACCUGUAUCUUCUCCUCCGCCUUCCAGUUCACCACCACCUCAAUCUUCUCCUCCCCCUGCUAGUGCUCCUCCACCUACAUCUAGCCCACCAGUUAGUUCAUCACCACCUCCAGAAGUUGAGCCUCCACCUGUCUCACCUCCGCCACAACCAACUGUUCCUACAAGUUCACCUCCACCGCCUCCAAAAGAUGAUCCUCCUCCUGCCUCACCUCCACCACAACCAACCACUCCUCCAAGUUCACCUUCACCACCUCCCAAAGUUGAUUCUCCACCUUUUUCACCUCCGCCACCUGCACAGAAUCCGGAUCCUACUGCACCACCACAAUCUCCUGAACCUCCGAAAGGUUCACCACCCGUGAAUUCACCUCCAUCACCAGCGUCUGUGCCACCAAGAGGUUCACCUCCUACCCCAGCCUCUGACCCUCCUGCAAAUACACCUCCAUCGCCAGCAUUUACGCCACCACAAGGUUCACCUCCUACACCAUCCUUGGAACCUCCUAAAAAUACACCUCCUUCACCAUCAGUUCCUUCUGGUGGAACCACUACCGAUAGGCCCAGUGACAAUGCAGCAGGUAGCGCAAACAGUUCCAGUAGUAGCGGCAUAGGAACUGGAGGUACAGUUGCAAUUGGCGUCAUUGUUGCUGUUUUAUUGCUUGGUAUUGUUGGAUUAGUGGGUUGGUGCUUGUGGAAACGAAAGAAAAAGGCUUUUCGUCCCAGUGGCGGAAAUGUCAUGCCAACCCCUUCGGGCUCCACCCCAAAUUCUGAUUCCGUCUUAUUGAAGAUACAGGAAUCAACACCUGAUACAAGAAAUGGAACUGGAAACAAAUUCCUAAAUUCUCCUGGAGGAUCUGGUGGAUUUGGAAAUCCAAAGAUAUGGUUUACCUAUGAAGAACUAGUUAAGGCUACUGGUGACUUCUCGGCUGAGAAUUUGUUGGGGGCAGGUGGAUUUGGUUCUGUAUACAAAGGAUGUCUACCAGAUGGGAGGGAUGUAGCAGUAAAGCAGCUAGAUAUUGGUGGGCGCCAGGGGGACCGGGAGUUCAGAGCUGAAGUUGAAAUCAUUAGUCGAGUACACCAUCGCCAUUUGGUUUCCCUUGUAGGUUAUUGCAUUUCUGAAAAUAGAAGACUGCUUGUUUAUGAAUAUGUCCCAAAUAACACCCUUUACUUCCAUCUUCAUGCCGAAGGAAGGCCUGUUAUGGAUUGGACAACACGUGUUAAGAUUGCUGUUGGUGCAGCUCGUGGAAUAGCUUAUCUGCAUGAAGAUUGCAAUCCUCGUAUUAUCCACAGAGACAUCAAGUCAUCAAACAUUCUUUUAGAUAUUAACUUUGAGGCUCGGGUUUCUGAUUUUGGAUUAGCUAAAUUAGCUCAAGAUGCAAAAACUCAUGUUACAACACGUGUUGUGGGAACAUUUGGCUACAUGGCUCCUGAAUAUGCAUCAACUGGCAAGCUGACUGAAAAAUCUGAUAUAUAUUCUUUUGGGGUUGUGCUUCUGGAGCUAAUUACUGGACGGAAGCCUGUUGAUACAUCUCAGCCUUUAGGGGACGAGAGUCUAGUUGAAUGGGCACGACCGUUGCUUUCUCAUGCCCUUGAGAAAGUGGAAUUUGAUCAGCUGGUAGAUCCACGCCUCGAGAGGAAUUAUGUUAUCCCUGAGAUGUUUCAACUGAUUGAGGCAGCUGCAGCUUGUGUGCGCCACUCAGCUGCAAAGAGACCAGGGAUGGGACAGAUCAUGAGAGCUUUUGAUAACAUGUCUGCGUCUGAUCUUACCAAUGGGAUGAAAGUUGGCGAAAGUACAAUAUAUAACUCUGCAGAUCAAUCUGCAGAAAUAAGAUUGUUUCGAAGGAUGGCAUUUGGUAGUCCAGAUUUUAGUUCCGAUUUUUUUAGCCAAGGUACACAGCAUAGUGGAGAGUCGGCUGAAGAUAGAGUAUAGUACACAGCUAAAGGUCUUGUUAAAUCAAGUGUAUAUUCAUCUGUUCAUAGAUAAAAGCACCUACGUUGAGAGGUACGCGUUUGCCUCUCCGAGGUGAUUUUGGUUUUGUUUUAUUAGUAGCUUCCUUUUUGGCUGCUUACAUAUAGGCCCUGGUUUUUUAGUAGCAAAUUUUUCCUGUAAGUAACAUGAAUUUUUUUGUCCAUCUCCAAUAUUUUUCUUCUUUCAAA